AUGAGCACACAAAGAGCCUCAAUCGGUGCACCCAAAUCCUAUCUGCAGUGGCUGCUCAAGUUGGUGUGUUGCUUUCAAAAGGAGAAAGACUCACCCCGACCGAUUUGGCCGUUGAGCGGUCCACUUCUACCGCCACCACCACCGCCGCCAAAAUGGCGAAAUCGACGCGCAUCUGUGGCCACAACCAGCUCACAAAAGAACCGCUCAACUCGAUCACCGCAUGGGAGUGAGCGGAUGCGAAGACAUUCCACAGCAGCUCCAUCAAGGAAAGCGAGCAGGGAACAACGGGAGAAUUCCCGGAAAACAAGCCGAUCAUCGACUUCAACGAAUGCCGGAAUGAAUCCGAAUAUCGAGGCCGCGCUUUCAUCGUGGAAAACGGCGCAGAAA